AUGCUUACCGGCCGACAAGACCACAGCUACUCGCGCUCCAAUGAAGACACACUCCUGCACGCCGAGGCGCACGAUCCCGGCCGCGGCAUCACCAAGGCUCGAGCGCGCACGCUCACCAAGCAAUUCGCCCACUUCCUCCGGCACGAGUACGGCAUCGGUGGCGGCGGCAGAGCUGACGGAGACGACGAUGUGGUCAUGGUAGUGUCCUCGGGGCAGUCUGCUCUGGCGUGCCUCUUCUACGGCGUCGUCGCCGCGGGCGGCGUCUACUCGGCGGCCUCGCCGAUGAACACGCCGUCGGACCUGGCGCGGCAGCUGCGCGACGGGCCGGGCCGGGUGGUCGUGUGCAGCCGGGACGCGCUGGAGGGCGCGCGGACGGCGGCGGCGCAGGCGGGCCUACCCGGGAGGAACGUGCUGGUGCUGGAGUCGCACCCGGAGGUGAGGCUGUACAGCGCCGAGGAGGAGCGGGUGAGGUGUGAUUUCGGAGGGGAGUUGGACUGGGAGAGGGUCACGGACGAGGGGCAGCUGGUGAAAAGCAAGAUUUGCAUCUUGUACUCGUCGGGCACCACGGGACUGCCAAAAGGCGUGCUUGUAUCGCACCUGAACAUGGUGGCCGAGAUCUUCCUCACCAGCUCCCGCGACCGGCAGUACUGGGACGCCCGGCCGGCCUGGUCGAGGCGCACGCUCGCGCACCUCCCCGCGGCGCACAUUGCCGGCGUGGUCAACUACUUUGUCGCGCAGGCCGUCAGCGGCGGGACGACCUACUGGAUGCCCAAGUUUGACUUUGCCGCAUUCGUCAAGUAUGUCGACGAGCUGCGCAUCAGCACUUUCUUCACGGUGCCGCCCAUCUACCUCGCGAUCGCGAAGCACCCGGCGGUCAAGGGCCAGUUCCGGCACGCGCGGUCGGCGACGGUCGGCGCGGCGCCGGUGAGCGCAGAGCUGCGCGCCGAGGCCAACAGGAAGAUGCCGCAGCUGGUGAUCGGUCAGGUCUGGGGCAUGAGCGAGACGACGGGCGCGGCGACGUACACGGCGGUCAACGACGAGGCGCAGGCGGGCAGCUUAGGAACCUUGCUGCCGAACGUAUCUGUGAGGCUGGUUGAUGAUGACGGAAACGACGUGGCGCCGGGGGAGUCAGGGGAGGUGCUUAUUAAGGGACCGAUUGUUACACAGGGCUACCAUAAGAACCCCGAGGCCAACGAGAAGGCUUUUACAAAGGACGGCUGGAUGCGGACCGGGGACAUCAUGCGCAUCGACGCCAACAAUCUCUACCACAUUGUCGACCGCAAGAAGGCAAGUUCCUCGAGAUGGCCAGAGAAUACUCUCCGUUCACCAACGAGCUGGAAGCUAACACGCACGCAAAAGGAAUUGAUCAAGUACAAGGGCCUGCAGGUCGCGCCCGCCGAGCUCGAGGGCAUCCUGGAAGCCCACCCGGCGGUCGGUGACGCGGGAGUCAUCGGUGUGCCCUACAACGACACCGAGGCGCCGCGGGCGUUCGUCGUGCUGACUCCUGGGGCCAGCAUCUCGGAGCAGAGCCUGGUGGACUACGUGCACGCCAAGGUGGCGGACUACAAGAAGCUGCGCGGCGGGCUGGUCUUUGUGGACGCGGUGCCGAGAAGCCCGAGCGGCAAAAUUUUGAGGAAGCAGCUGCGCGAGUCGGAGAAGCGCAUGUCAAAGAUGUAG